UGUGCUUUAGUGGAGGUCGAACCAUCAUCUUCACUGAGACGAAGGAUUCUGCAUCAGAGCUUUCUGGUAAUACUGGUGUUGCUGUCAUGCUUUAUGAGCCCAGAUAUAAGCACAGUGUCAGCAGACUAGAAUGGGAGUCUGGGGUUAAAUUUGAGCAUAUCUCUGUGCCACAACCCACUGAUGUAGCACAAUCUGCUGGCAGUGAAGCUGCAGAUGCCAUUGCGAGUGUGUCAGACAGUGUUAUUCCUAUCUUCAGGCAGCAAGCAGAGCAGUUGCUAAGCUCUUCCAGUCUAUCUGCAGCUGACUUGCUUGCCAAAGCACUUGCGAAGGCAGUUGGUUACACGGACUUAAAGAAAAGAUCAUUGUUAUCUUCCUUGGAGGAUUACAGUACACUACAUCUUCAAACUGGCAGACCGAUGUGGUCACCUGGGUUUGCUAUAACAUUCCGAUGAUCGUGUUUCUUCAUCGUCGG